AUGGUGCUGGCACUUCCAAAUGAAAUCAUACAGUCUGUUUUGUUCUGGUUGAAGGAAAGUCCCGAAAUUGGAUUCAAAUUGCAUAAUAUAUUUUAUCAAUGCGCACUUAUAAGCAAAGCAUGGAAUGUGAAUACAACUCCCCUGCUUUAUUCUCGUCCGUUUGUCGCUGAAGGAGAACGCAAAUAUCUCAUCAUUACAGCCUUGUUAUCCUCUCUUGAUACUAAGCAUAGAACAUUCCUGGAGACAAAUAAUGUUAAUCUCUCCUGUCUUUACUCACGUCCGCUGUAUAAAUAUUUAUCAUUCAUCAAACAUUUGGACACUGAUGAGAUGUUUAGCUGUGUACGUAAUUGGUAUAUUUGGACGGACCAGCAUGGUGUCGAGUCAAAUGUUAAACGUACGGUUCUUACAGCAAUUCACGAGAUAAUGAGGGAUCUGAACGUACGCUUGGAGACUUUGUAUAUGACAGAUGAUUGUGAAUUUGCGCUUAAUGCGUUAAUAGAAUAUAAGGACCUUUUUCGUCACACUAAAACACUAAGCAUGCAAGCAUGGAAUUCUGGACACAUCUUCAAAGAGCUCUCACAGUCUGUCAACAAUUUGGAGACUUUGAGGAUAAACAUUGAAUUAUACAAAUCAGCUCCUGAAUAUAUCGCACUAUUGUUUCGCUCCUUACCCUUAUUGAAAACGGUCACUCUGAUGAGCUCCGAAUACUACGUUGAAGGCGUCUGCGGUUGGCUGAUGAAUCAUCCAACUUUGCAGGAAUUUCAUGCAAUUCUUCUUGAAGUCAAUAUGGAAGCUUUGAAGAAGCUUUUAACGUGUAAGGCAUUAAACCGUUUGAAGUUAGAAUUUUGUAAGGAAAUGAGUGAGGAGGCGCAACUGUACUUGCAAACAAAAGGAUUCAUGUGUGAAGAUACUGGACAUUUAAUAAUAUGGAGACAUAAAAAAAGAGACUCUGCAGGACGGACGCGCGAUUAA